UGGCACUUCCUCGUUUGUUUUCUGGGCUGAUGAACCGAAACCAGUCGCCCAAAUUCAGAAUGCAUCUGUCAAGGGUUGGAAUUUACAUGAAGAGGCGAAAGCGGGCCUGCUCUCGAGCUUGAUCAUUAUAGUCUUCCUCCAUCUGGCUGUCACUCUCUUUGCCUCUUCACAUCGGUGCUCAUUUCCUCUCCCUUCACCAACAUGCUGUGCUGGGGGAAUGCCAAGGAUGGGCAGUUGGGUAUUGGUGUGGAGAAGAACCCUGUGUUUGAGCCGAGGAACUGUCAUGUGUUCAGUGGCAGGGGAAUGAAAGAGGUCGCCUGUGGAAGCCAACACUCUGUGUUUCUUAUGUAUGAUGGCAGUGUGUACACAUGUGGCUCUAACAGCUGGGGACAGCUGGGUCAUGACAAAGCAGGGACUUCCCCAGAGGUUGUUGGGGCUCUGGAUACCCAAAAGAUUGCGAUGGUGUCAUGCGGUCGGGGGCAUUCGAUGGCAGUGAAUGAACAGGGUCAACUGUUUGCCUGGGGAGCUGGUGAUGGGGGACAGCUGGGACUGGGGACCACAGAGACGACUGUUCGAAUUCCCAGGUUGGUCAAAAGACUGUGUGACCAUCGCAUCUCUCAAGUAAUGUGUGGGAAUCAGCACUGCAUCGCACUUUCUAGAGAUGGCCAGCUGUUCACAUGGGGCCAGAACACCAGCGGGCAGCUCGGGUUGGGGAAAGGAGAGCCCAGCAAGCUGUUCCCUCAUCCUCUAAAGUCUCUGGCAGGAAUUCCUUUGGCACAAAUAACGGCAGGAGGAGACCACAGUUUUGCCCUCUCAUUGUCUGGAGCUGUAUUUGGCUGGGGCAAAAACAGAGCUGGACAACUGGGCCUUAAUGAUAAACAAGAUCGUGCCGUCCCAUGCCACAUCAAAUUUUUGAGAUCUCAGAAAGUUGUUUACAUCAGCUGUGGAGAUGAACAUACAGCAGCCUUGACAAAGGAUGGCGGCUUGUUUACGUUUGGUGAUGGCUCGUGGGGUCAGCUGGGUCACGGCUCCACCAAUAGUGAGCUUUUACCUAGACGAGUGCUGGAGCUCAUGGGCACCGAGGUGUCCCAAAUCACCUGUGGCAGGCACCACACGUUGGCGUUCGUGCCUUCCUCUGGCGUGGUAUAUGCGUUUGGUUGUAACAGCCAUGGCCAGCUGGGAACAGGAAUACUGGGGGAUGCCAGAAGCCCAUUUCCUGUCAAGGCCAGUUUCCUGACUGGAAAAUUCCAUAGAAGAGAAUCAAAACAGUAUACCGUGACCAAAAUCAUCUGUGGAGGAGACCAUAGCUUCUUAUUGUACUCUAAUGAGCAGACCUCUGUCCCCUCGGAAGACUUCAGAGUGAUUAAUAUUGGCAAAAGUCUCUCACCAAUCAAUUAUGAAAGUUUGAAUUCGUUGAGGCUGAAACUGAUGUACAACACAGACUCUAGCAUCACAAAUGACGUCAUAGUUCAGCUGUCGUCGACGGCGUGCUGGAAUGCCAGCUUCUUGGACCAAAGUGAUGAUACCCAUUUCAAAACCAACCCAAAGAUCCCAGGCAUCGAUCUCAACUCUGUCAGAAUGCUGUUUGAGACUCUGAGCAAACCAGCUUUCUCUGAACUCAUGGAGCAGGCCACCAAGAGUUUUGAGAGCCUGCUGAUCCCUCAGCUGCCACGCUCCCCUCCUGAUGUCGAGGCCAUGAGGAUCUACCUCAUCUUGUCAGAGUACCCGGCCCUGCAGGACUCCAAAAACUACAUCCGCCUCACUAUACCCCUAGCAAUGGCUAUUCUGCGGCUAGAUGCCAACCCCAGCAAAGUAUUGGACAACUGGUGGUGUAUCGUGGAUGGCAGCGUGUUCACCCGAAUGGUCGACAUGUACAAGAGCAUUGUUGUCUUUAUGCUAACAGGAGGCAAGACGGUGCUCGUGCCCAUGUUCUAUGAGAACUAUUUUCUUGCAACUCUUCGGCUGCUGGAAAAGCUCCACAAGGUAAACUUGAAGGCACAACACGUGGAGUACAACCGCUUUUACAUCCCAGACAUCACCAGCCUCGUGGACAUCCAGGAAGACUACCUCAAAUGGUUUCUGAGUAAAGCUGAGAUUAAAGUGGGAUCAUCCCCUUCACAGAGUGACUUUCCCGCAGUAAACCUGUGUGCCUACCCGUUCAUACUGAACGCAAAAGCCAAGACAACCAUGCUGCAAACUGAUGCUGAACUGCAAAUGCAGAUGGCAGUAAGCGGUGCAAACCUACACAAUGUCUUUAUGCUGCUCACACUGGAACCCCACCUCGCUAGGAACCCUUACCUGGUGCUCCAUGUGCGCAGGAGCCAUUUAGUAAGCGACACACUACGUGAGCUCACCAUGUACUCUGACGUGGACCUCAAGAAACCACUCAAGGUGAUCUUUGAUGGAGAGGAGGCCGUAGACGCAGGCGGCGUAACUAAAGAGUUCUUCCUGCUGCUGUUGAAGGAGCUGAUGGAUCCCGUGUACGGGAUGUUCACUCAUUACAAAGAGUCCAACCUGCUCUGGUUCUCAGAUAAAUGUUUUGUAGAGCAGAACUGGUUCCACCUGAUCGGGAUCAUCUGCGGUCUGGCCAUCUAUAACGCCACAGUGGUGGACCUCCACUUCCCCCUGGCUCUCUACAAGAAGCUGCUCGAGGUGUCACCCACGCUGGAGGACUUCAAAGAGCUCUCACCCACCGAAGCCCGGAGUUUACAACAGCUUUUAGACUAUGAAGGAAGUGACGUGGAGGAGACGUUUCUUCUCAACUUUGCUAUCACCAGGGAGAACUACGGGAUGACAGAAGUCAAGGAGCUGAUUCCCGGAGGAGAGAGCGUCGCUGUGGACAAAAACAACAGGAAGGAGUUUGUGGAGGCCUACCUGUGCUACGUGUUCUCAGACUCGGUGGGGGAGCAGUACUCUGCCUUCUCUGCUGGUUUCCUGAAGGUGUGUGGUGGUGAGAUCCUGUCUCUGUUCCAGCCCUCCGAGCUGAUGGCCAUGGUGGUCGGCAAUAAUAACUACAACUGGGAGGAGAUGGAGAAGAACGCCGUUUAUAAGGGGGAGUACACCGCCACUCAUCCAACAGUCAGAUUGUUCUGGGAGGUUUUCCACGAGUUCCCUCUGGAAAAGAAGAAGCAGUUCUUGUUGUUCCUGACCGGUAGUGACCGCAUUCCCAUCCACGGCAUGGAGAGCCUGCGCAUCAUCAUCCAGUCUACCACAGCAGAGGAGCACUACCUGCCCGUGGCCCACACAUGCUACAACCUGCUGGACAUGCCCCGCUACCAGACCAAAGAGAUCCUGCGCCGCCGCCUCACUCAAGCCGUGGAGCAGUACGAGGGCUUCAGCCUGGUCUGAGGGGAGUCCCAGGGGAGACUUAACGCACUUUAACAGCAAUACACCCCCACGUGAGUGUCAAGAGUGUGAGUGGGCAAUUGUUGGACACGGGAGGGUCACUCUGUUUAUAUAUGGUCUAACAAGAUCGUUAAGCAUCUUGAAUCUUAAAGGUCUAUGUAUGUAAAUGCAGAGUGUUAUUGCUUUUUUGCUUUGGGCAAAGUUCCUCAGCCUUCCAGGACCAUUUAGAGGAGAAUCAAAUGACUGAUAGAUAACAGCCAACAUGGAAAUUAACCAAAAAAGCACUAAAUGGACUAAAAUGUGCAGAACGACCCUGGAUUAUGAAAACUUCGGGACCUAAAAACCAGGACCAGAGAAGGUUGAGAAACUCUUAAUUUCUUUUUGCUUUGUUUUGUUUGCAAAGCUGUGUAUUUUAUAUUCCUUAAAUUCUAUUUUUAAUCAUUAAAGAAUCAUGUUAUUACCUUGAGACAAUAUAUUGCUUUUUGUUACUUUUAAUUUAUUAAAUAGAGUGGUUAUUUUUUGACAAAAUUAACACACACACACACACACACACACACAUACACACACACAUACAUAUAUACAUGUAUGUAAAUAGCACUUUGAAUAUAAUCUUCACUGUGAGGUUGGGAGGAGUGUUAGUCCCGCUGAUCCUUUUAAAUCUGCCACCAGCAUGUCCUCUAUGCCUGAUUCUGAAAGAGGACAAGCGAGUCAGGCAGGGAGCGAAGCAUGCUGAACAUCGUUUGCAAUCCCUCGUUCUGUUUUAGCUGUGGCUCACAGAGCAGCUGACUUUGUUCUUGAACCUGCAUUCAACAGUGUUGCCUUUCUACAGCAAAACCUUCUGUACGGAAACAAAACUUUAUUUAUUUAUUUUUAUUUAUUUUUUUUUUGUGGAUGUGUGUGCAUGUUACAGAGUGAAAACAAAGACCAGAUUGUCAUUUAGCAGUGACGUUUUUGGAAAUGUGAUUAUUCGCUUUCUUGCAAGAAAAGCAUGUCAGCUGAAUAUGAAGCAUCAGUUAGCAUCGCUCAGACUGGAAGUGGUAGCAAAUACAUGUUUGGCUCCUUCAGAUGGACACAAAAAGAUCGCACUUCCUGUUGUUACAAGCAUGUGGAUGUCGCGCUUACUGGCUGUUUAGUUAGAUUUUCUAGCUGAAAGGGGCCGCAUCAUCUGCGAGGUCGCAAUCAAACAAGACCCCAUGAGAUGACUGUAUUUGGACUAAUACGCUAAGAUGUUGAGUUUGGCAUUAGCCGUGAUGAGUUAUAGAACAAGUCUGUGCCCCUAUGUGGUUUUUAUGAAUGAGGAACUGUAGAUACCAGGCUUUAAAUACACUUUGUAAUUGUAUUAAGUUGGGUGUCUUACCAUGGCAGUCAGUGGGGAUUAACUUAGCCUCAGCCUCCAGUGGCCACUACAGGAAUUGCAGUUUUUGUUGUUGUUGUUUUUUUUUAGUGCUUCCAGGUUUGCUUAUAAUAUCUAAAAUGUGACCUUGCCAUCAUACCUUUGCCCUCGAUGACAGUGCCUAGCAACAACAUAACCACAGUAUGAAAGGUGGAGCUAGUCAAGAUAACACCACCCAUGGACAGUGAAGACCCUAGCUAAUCAUUUUUGCCUGAAACUGGACGUGAUGAGCGAGGAAACCGAGGGACAGUCAGCUUAUCCUGGCUAAUCCUCCUUUGUGACUAUAAAAUCAUUUACAAAAUGAACUUCCUGUUUCAUUCAGUGUGAGCUAAAACUAACGACUGAGCCCAUAAACUCUUCAGAAAAAUGUCUACUGAGGUUACAGAGACAUGGAGCCCAGGGCGUGUUCUCCACGAGAGUCGCCCCCUAAUGGCCAUUCUAAAGAAUCCAUAUUUUACUACAGUCUGUGCGAGCAACAGGUGAAAGACCCAGAAAAAGAGAGCACCUCUUGUUUAACCACUCUGGUUUCCAGCGAUACACACUCCAUGUUUGCCGUGGCGUGGAUGCAGAACAGUCUCCUUGAUUAGUGCUAAUUUUAAUCGCUUUCGUGAAGUAUUUUGAAACAGAUUUUUAGAUACACAUUCUGAUAGUGUGGUCCCUGACACAGACGAGUAUCUGAAUACAGUCAAAGUCCUUCUUGGCCAACGCAGCGGUAUCUCAACAAACCAGGAGUUCGUCCUGUUUCUCUCUUCAAUUCCAUAUAGUCUCUUUCAGUAGACACAGUAGAUUUAAAUAUUCAGGAGGACACGACAAUCCCAAACUGUCCAAUCACAGCCAUCGCAGACUGUGUCCAUGUGGUGUGUAGUUACGGUGUAGGCUGCAGGGUUGCAGAUUUACAAAUAUAAAUCCCCUGUAAGUGUGGAUGACAAAAACUGUCAUUUUUGUGUUUAUGAAACUUUUCUCCCAGCCUUAUUCACGCUUCUUUUCCCCCCCUAACAAACACUCUCAUGGCUUCUAUAAAAUGAUGACUUAGACCUCAGAGGGUUAAACAAACUUUGGUCAUUUUUAAUCAUCAGAGCGGCUCUCAGUUGGAUUUAUUCACCGUGUGACGGAGCCAAACUAGCCGUGUUUUUGCUAGGCCAAGCAAACCGAUUCCUCUGUAAUGACAUUUGAACCGAUCUGCUAAGAAGCAAAUAAAAACAUGUCCCAAAAUGUCACAUAAACCUAAAUAUACAAACAUUAGAGUUAAUAAUUGUUAUUUGUCUGGUCUCCAAGUGGAGAUGAAUAUUUUAAGAGUGUGGGCAGAUGACUUAGUAAAAAGUCUGCAUAUAAUAGCCAUUUGAUGAUAAACUGUACCCAUCAUAUUAUUCCAAAAGUUGCCCUGAUGAUGUAUAAAUAUUCCUGCAGUGACACCUCGCAGUACAAGAUAACAUUUAAUUAGGUUGUGUAUUAGCGUGACGUGCGUGGAAUCGUCUCGCAUAUAUAUAAUAUAUAUUUUAUAUACAUUUCAUACACGACAGUGGUGUUAAUGUGACUUUGGGCAGUAAAAUGACUCGAUGUGUUCUGACUAACACGUCCUCUCAGCAAUAACAACCUGAAGCAGCCCACUUCUGUACUCACAGCUCUGGGCCAAACAUAUAAAGGUCUCAAAUGCUGGCAGUUCAUCUUAUUGCUUAGUUCUAUACUGCAUGUGUACACACACACACACACACACACACACACACGCGCAUAUUCAAUCAAUAUUUGUCUGAUUAAGGCUCCUGCAGAGUUUAGUCCUAUGCAAAGGUUUGUGAAGCCCUUGACUUUUUUGCACCUUUAAAUGUGCUAGAGAAUACGUUUUUUUUUUUUUUUUUGUUUUUUUUUAAAUCAUUAUUUGACUGAAAUUUACUCAAAGCUCUCUGUUCCAGCCAAGGUUUUCAAUAAAAUACGGUAUAAAAGCAA